AUGCCCUCCUCCAAGAACCCCAGUGGCACGUCUUCCGCCGCCCAGGUCAGCCAUCGCCUUCGCAGCUUCUUCCGCAUAGCCAGCAGUGCCUCGAGCACCGCCAGCUCCGGCAGCGGCGCCGACAUCCCCGGACCCAAACCCUCGCGCCACACAAAGUUCUUCAGCAAUGCCGUCGGCCGCCUGCGUGCCCACACCGUCGCCAGCGAGGGCAACCAGAUCGAAGAGGCCCUGAGCCCCACGGCCCACGCAAACCCCUACUUUGCCCACCAGGGCCAGCCCGGCCUGCGACACCACAACGACGGCUCCGUGCCCCCGAGCCCCCCCGACACCCCCCAGCUCAAGAUAUCCGGCCCCGACGGCGCCCCGGGCGACCAGGCCACGAGCGAGACCAAGGAGGAGUUGGCCCGGCGCCUAAGGCGGGUUGCUAGUGCCCCCAACGCCCAGGGCCUCUUCGCAAAGGAAGAGGGCAAGAACGAGCGUCCCGCCACGGCUGAGCUGGGCAAAGACCCUCUGGUCGAGGAUGCAGAGUCGGGCUCCAUUGGCCUCGUCGAGAAGAGGGCCGAGGCCGCAAAGAAUCAAUCCCUGGGCCCGCCCGCUCACGACGAUGGUCUCCUCGACGCGCUCCCCGCCCCGCACACCGCCCUGGCUUUCCGCAGGACCUACAGCUCAAACUCCAUCAAGGUCCGCAACGUCGAGGUCGGCCCCUCGAGCUUCGACAAGAUUAAGCUCAUUGGAAAGGGUGAUGUCGGCAAAGUCUACCUGGUCAAGGAGAAGAAGAGCAGUCGGCUGUAUGCUAUGAAAGUCUUGAGCAAAAAGGAAAUGAUCAAGCGCAACAAGAUCAAGCGCGCCCUCGCCGAGCAGGAGAUUCUGGCCACGAGCAAUCACCCCUUCAUCGUGACCCUAUACCACUCUUUUCAGUCGGAAGAUCAUCUUUACCUGUGCAUGGAAUACUGCAGCGGCGGCGAAUUCUUUCGGGCCCUCCAAACUCGUCCCGGCAAAUGCAUCCCCGAAGACGACGCUCGCUUUUACGCCGCAGAGGUGACGGCCGCGCUCGAGUAUCUUCAUCUGAUGGGCUUCAUCUACCGCGACCUCAAGCCCGAGAAUAUCUUGCUCCACCAAUCGGGCCACAUCAUGCUUUCGGACUUUGACUUGUCCAAGCAGUCGGAUCCAGGCGGCAAGCCGACCAUGAUUGUUGGCAAGAACGGCGCGAGGACGGACGCGCUACCCACCAUCGACACGAGGUCCUGCAUUGCCAACUUCCGGACCAACUCGUUUGUCGGCACGGAGGAAUACAUCGCCCCCGAAGUCAUCAAGGGCAGUGGGCACACGAGUGCUGUGGACUGGUGGACGCUGGGCAUCCUCAUCUACGAGAUGCUCUACGGCACGACGCCCUUCAAGGGCAAGAACAGGAACGCCACCUUUGCAAACAUCUUGCGCGAGGACAUUCCCUUCCCGGACCACGCCGGCGCUCCACAGAUUUCCAAUCUGUGCAAGUCACUGAUCAGGAAACUCCUGAUCAAGGAUGAGAACCGAAGGUUAGGGGCGAGAGCCGGGGCGUCGGACAUCAAAGUCCAUCCGUUUUUCCGCACCACCCAGUGGGCUCUCAUUCGCCAUAUGAAGCCUCCCAUCGUGCCUCAUCCCGGCCGCGGCGUCGACACGGUCAACUUCCGCAACGUCAAGGAGAGCCAGAGCGUCGACAUUAGCGGCUCCAAGCUCAAGGGCGUGCCCCUGGACAGCGGCCUGGACACACCUGGGGUCGAGGUCGGCGAUCCGUUUGUAGAUUUCAACAGCGUCACGCUGCACCACGACGGCGACGACCACCAUCGUCAUCACAACCAACACGUCAACGGCCAGCACGUAAGCGCCUCGUCGUAG